AUGCAGAAGGUCAUCGCAGAAGGUCAUCGCACCCCCUCCGGUCCCCCAGCCUGCCAGGUGUCACCCCAAAACCAUUCCAUGUAUCUGGUCUCUCUCGCAUUGUCUUGUGUCACCAGUUCGCUGCUUGUGGGCACCGCAUUUGACUCGGAUGAGGUGAGGGUGCACUUAAAGACACUUUUUGAGAAUGAUCGUCAUUUUUCACACCUCUCAUCUUUGGAACGGGAGAUGACUUUUCGCACUGAAAUGGGUCUUUAUUAUUCUUACUUCAAGACCAUUAUUGAUGCACCUUCAUUUUUACAAGGAUUGUGGAUGAUUAUGAAUGAUAGGAUCACUGAAUAUCCACUUGUAAUUAAUGCAGUGAAACGCUUCUAUCUUUAUCCAGAGGUGAUUAUAGCCUUCUGGUAUCGUACUAUUGUGGGAAUAACAAAUUUAUUUGGGAUAACAACUAAGACUUGCUGGAAUGUCACCAGAAAAGAAUCUCUAAGUGAAAUUCAAAGCUGUGAAGGAUUGGGAGACCCUGCUUGCUUUUAUGUUGGUGUGAUCUUUAUUUUAAAUGGAUCAGUGAUGGCAUUAUUCUUUUUAUAUGGCACAUUCCUGAGUGGGACUCAAGUUGGAGGCCUAAUCACAGUAUUAUGCUACUUUUUCAACCAUGGAGAGGCUACUCGUGUGAUGUGGACACCGCCUCUCCGGGAAAGUUUUUCAUACCCAUUUCUUGUACUUCAGAUGUAUAUUUUAAGUAUGAUACUUAGGAACUCGAAACUUAAUAAAAAGCAUUUCAUUGCACUUUGUGUGUCCAAUGUUGCUUUUAUGCUCCCCUGGCAGUUUGCUCAGUUCAUACUUUUUACACAGAUAGCCUCAUUGUUUUUCAUGUUUGUUGUGGGAUACAUUGAGCCAAGCAAAUUUCAGAAGAUCAUUUACAUGAACAUGGUGAUAAUUCUACAAAGAAAUAAAAUCCAAAAAUUGGGAUCAUCUGAGCUUAGUUUUUGGCUAAUCCAAGGUUUUGCUUGGCUGUGUGGGACAAUAUUUUUGAAAUUUAUUACAUCUAAAAUCUUAGGUGUUGCAGACCAUAUUCGUAUGAGUGAUCUUAUAGCAGCCAGAAUUUUGAGGUAUUCAGAUUUUGAUACAUUACUAUACACAUGUGCUCCUGAAUUUGACUUUAUGGAAAAGGCGACACUUGUGAGAUAUACAAAGACAUUGUUGCUUCCACUUGUUAUGAUGGUUGCUUAUUUUAUCUGUAAAAAGACCUUACGUGAUAUAUCAUGUGUCUUAUCUUCAAACACUUACCUAAGAAAACAUCUCCUUGAACAUGGUGAGCUAACGUUUCACCUGUUGCAGUUGAUAUCGUUUACCAUCAUUGCCAUUUUAAUUUUGAGAAUGAAGCUGUUUUUGACACCACACAUGUGCAUUGUGGCUUCCUUGUUUUGCUCUCAACAGCUCUUUGGAUGGCUUUUUAGCAAAUUUCGUUUUGAGAAUAUUAUCUUUGGCGUUCUUGUAUUGAUGUCAAUACAAGGGUGUGCAAACCUCCAUAAUCAAUGGACCAUAAUGGGAGAAUUCAGUAAUUUGCCUCAGGAAGAGCUGAUACAAUGGAUAAAAUACAAUACCAGACAAGAUGCUGUUUUUGCUGGUGCCAUGCCUACAAUGGCAAGCAUCAAGCUCUCUACUCUUCGCCCAAUUGUGAAUCACCCACAUUAUGAGGAUGCAGACUUAAGGGCUCGGACAAAAAUAGUUUAUUCCACAUAUAGUCGAAAGUCUGCAAAAGAAGUGAGAGAUAAACUUAAGGAUUUAUAUGUGAAUUAUUAUGUUUUUGAAGAGGCAUGGUGUGUUGUGAGAACUAAACCUGGUUGCAGUAUGCUUGAGAUUUGGGAUCUGGAAGAUCCUUCCAAUGCUGCUCAUCCUCCCUUAUGCAGUAUCUUGCUCAGUGAUGCAAAGCCUUACUUCACCACAGUUUUUCAGAAUAGCGUGUACAGAGUAUUGAAGGUUAACGCACCAUGAGUCUAUCCAUUACACUGUGGUAUAGAGAAAUGUGUGUAAAGCAAUCACUUUGGGGCUUGCAUACACUAAUAAAAUUCACAAGUUUUAUAAGGGACAUUUAAGA